GCGCUCACGGGACCGGAGCUGAGGGCCAUUCAGUGGCGAUGGCGGCGACGGCGAGCCCCGGGGCCGGCGGGAUGGACGGGAAGCCCCGUACCUCCCCUAAGUCCGUCAAGUUCCUGUUUGGGGGCCUGGCCGGGAUGGGAGCUACAGUUUUUGUUCAACCCCUGGACCUAGUGAAGAACCGGAUGCAACUGAGCGGAGAAGGGGCCAAAACAAGAGAGUACAAAACCAGCUUCCAUGCUCUCACCAGCAUCCUGAAGGCAGAAGGGUUGAAGGGCAUUUACACUGGUCUGUCAGCUGGUCUCCUGCGACAGGCCACCUACACCACUACUCGCCUUGGCAUUUAUACCGUCCUUUUUGAGCGCCUGACUGGGGCUGAUGGUACACCCCCUGGUUUUCUGCUGAAGGCCCUGAUUGGCAUGACUGCAGGUGCAACUGGUGCCUUUGUGGGAACACCAGCUGAGGUGGCUCUUAUCCGUAUGACUGCUGAUGGUCGGCUUCCGGCUGAUCAACGUCGUGGCUAUAAAAACGUGUUUAAUGCCCUGAUUCGAAUUGCCCGGGAAGAGGGAGUCCCCACACUGUGGCGGGGUUGUAUUCCUACCAUGGCUCGGGCUGUUGUUGUCAAUGCUGCCCAGCUUGCCUCCUAUUCCCAAUCUAAGCAGUUCUUACUGGACUCAGGCUACUUCUCUGACAAUAUCUUAUGCCACUUUUGUGCCAGUAUGAUCAGUGGCCUUGUUACCACUGCCGCCUCUAUGCCUGUGGACAUUGUCAAGACCCGGAUCCAGAACAUGAGAAUGAUUGAUGGGAAGCCAGAAUACAAGAAUGGGCUGGAUGUGCUGAUAAAGGUUGUUCGCUAUGAGGGAUUCUUCAGCCUAUGGAAGGGCUUCACACCAUACUAUGCCCGCCUGGGUCCCCACACUGUCCUCACCUUCAUCUUCUUGGAGCAGAUGAACAAGGCCUACAAACGUCUCUUCCUCAGUGGCUGAGGGGGCAGGAUACCUGGAGCCAAUGUGCCGGGGCUCCCAGUCAUCCAUUGUUCUUACAGUCACUGCACCCCAGGGAGCCUGGACUCUGCUGCUCUGGGCCCCUCUAUUUAUUUCCCCUCCACAGUUUGGUUUCCUCCUUGUGUUAAAGGACUUUGAUCUGUUCUUCCCUCUGCUCCAGUUUGCCCUGCUUGGUCUAAUUCUUAUGACCACUCUAUCAGUGGCUGUUCCUUGGGGGAGCUGGAAUUUCUAGAUUUCCCUUAGGUAUUAGUUUUAGGACACAGAGGACAGCAGAAAAUCCCCUUUCUGUGGGGAAACCAAGGCAGAGCAGAGGAGACAGAAGAAACCAGAAGCUAUCAAGAUGGUGGAAAGGUCUGCAGUGGGAGGCUGUGGCCCUUCCUCCCCUCACUGAGGACUUGAUUAAUAAAUUGGAUUGAUGACACCA